AUGUCACCAUCUACUAGCAACAACAGAAAAGUAGUCGCACACAACGCCCCUGCGCCCGCCGCCAGGCUUCCAUCUCCGACUUUGACUGUGCUUCCAGAAACUUACAUCGUGACUGCUCCUCCAUCAACGUCAGACAGAGCAGCGUCACCAUACAGGUUCGAAAUCGACGAUGCGCCUCUCGUCGUCAGAACCGCCAGUUUCCUCCCGCUCCCAAACUCGCUGUUCUCCGAUAACACCCCUAUCGACAACCGCGGAUCUCGCCACCCAGCCACUCAGAUCAGACCAGAUCCGGUCGUCCAGCCCAGGAAGUCGCCGCGAUCUGCAUAUAGAACCCGGCGUGAAAACCGCCAUGGACGCCGUGUUGCAAUCUGUCUCUUCCGGUUCCGCUGA